AUGGCAUUUUCAACUGCACUCUCUUUGUAUCUUAUGGAAUUUUUAUCCAACACAACUCAAGUGCAAAAUUAUAUGUGGAAGUUGGAGCUGGUUAAUGAUAUAAUAUUCUCAGCUGAUGAAGAGCGCCGAGUGGAAACGAUUGUGUACUUUGGAGAGUCGACUUAUAUAGAGUCUUACAUUACUGCCUCAUCUGGCACACCCAAAGUUGUGGAAACGAAUGAGUAUAGCGAUAUAAACUUCUAUGAUGGUUCGGCUACCAAUCGGAACAUCUUUUUCAUUGCUGUUAGCCCCUUGGAGCACAAGUCACUGUGGAAUCACUUAAACAAUGCCUUUCUUAAUAUGCAAGGAUCUGUUCGUGGGAUAUUCAUAAUACCGCGGCAUAUUUUAGAACCUAUUACAAACUUAAAGGAACACUUUAUCUGGUGCUGGCAGCGUGGAUUUGCAAAUGUCCUAGUCUUGGUUGAGAGCAAAACCCGAACGCAACAUUUCGAUAUUUACGGCUAUAAUAAAUUUCCAGACCUUCGCAUUUUUAAACUUUCCUCGGAUUUGAGGUCUGAGAGAAAAUAUUUUCAUGAUAAGUUUUCGAAUUUUUUGGGCUAUAGUAUGCGAACGCCAGCACAAUUUGAUCCGCCACGAGUGUUUCAUUUUUUUGACUCAAAGUCCAAGUCCUUUAAAAUACGUGGAUGGGCUGCUAAUAUGCUAAAGGCUUUUCUCCAGAAACACAAUGGCAGCUUACAAAUAGUUGAACUACAAAACUCAAGUCGGUAUGACAUUCUCUCAAUUAUUAAUCAAAUCAAUGAAGGCGAGCUCGAUAUUUCAGUGCAUCCCUACAUUCCAUAUGGAAAAGUUAGGCUAAGUUAUCCCAUUAAAAUGAUGCAAUGGUGUAUUUUAGUGCCUUUUAGCGGUGAAAUUGAAGCAUAUGAAUACUUCUUAAAGCCAUUCCAUUCAAAUCUCUGGGUGAGUUGCGUAGUAACAUUACUGUAUCUGAGCUUAGUAAAAACAUUUGCUAGUUGGCUUAUGAAACACUUGAAAUAUAAAGUGGAUCUUGGACAAUCUCUUCUACAUGUAAUUCGGUUGCUUCUGUUUUUACCCCAGCCUAGCAUAAAUAGGACUAAGCGCUUUAAUUGGUAUUUCGCAUUAUGUUUCAUACAAGCGUCGGUGCUCGGCUUUGUGCUGUCUAAUCUCUACUUAACGAUUCUGACAAGUUUGCUUACAUCAUUGGUAUUUGAACCACAAAUAGACACAUUGCAGGAAAUGGUGGAACGUAAUAUAAAGAUAUAUGUCAUUAACCAUGAAAUUCCAAUUUUGCUAAGCAGUAAAGGUAUUCCUCGCGAUUUUGAAAAACUUUUUAUUCCUUUCAAUGCUACAGAAUUGGUAAGGGAACUGCUUCAGUUAAAGCGUGACAAAGCGUUUCCUGCACGUGAAGACAUGAGUUCUUUUGCGUUGUCACAACAAAUCCACUUACAAAGGCCGAUUGUUCAUAUUGCUAAGGAAUGUAUUACCACUAUUCCAGUUGGUUUUCUGAUACCUACACACUCGCAGUUCGAGAGGGUGCUUAAUGCUUUCAUAAUACAAGCGGCUGAUUCCGGACUCAUAGAAAAAUGGUUUGAAAGUUCAAUUGGUGAUGGUUUGCAAGCAGGUAUUAUUCAUUUACGUAAGGAUGUACCAUUAAAAACACGUCCACUUAAUCUCAAAAACACUCAUAAAAUCACAUCAAACACGCCUACCUUGGAUCGAUUAGCUAAACGCUCUAUCGAAAAUUAG